CACGCCGCGGCUCACACGCAUUCCUCUUCUUCCCUCCUCUUCUCUCCCCGCCUCCUCGCGGUGUCUGCCUCUCUCUCUCGCGCGCGCAGCCUACCGCCACAAGCAAAGUCCAGGAGGGCUCGGGCACGGAAGCUUCUGGAAGCUUCCGCGUUGGCGUGAGGAAGGAGGCGGAGGGGAGGGGAGGGGGACUGACCUACUCCCUCACCGCGGUCGUUCCAAGUCCCGCGCCGCCGGGGAUUCCCAUCCCCUCUCGCGGCGCGCCGCUUCGACGGGAGGUAGGGAGGGCAUCGUCGUAUCGCAUCGAUCUGGUUUGGGGGGUUUUGGGAGUCUGAAGUGGUGGGUUUGAGAUGGAGGACUUGCUGGACACGGAGAUCGGGAAGCAUGACUACGACUGGCUUCUGACUCCCCCAGGAUCACCUCAUGCUCCUAUACUGGAGGUUGUGGAGAAAGCUCCAUCCUCAGAUGUCCCUAAACGCAUUACUACUAGAUCAUCCUCAACCACUAGAGCAUCAAGGCUUUCCAUUCCUGAAACAGAGAAUGGGCAUUCCACAGUACCAACUAGGCCAGCACGGAGUAACUCUGUCUCUCGCCCUUCAAUCCAAUCUACUCUUAUUUCCAGCAACAACAGGUCAUCAGUUGUCAAUGCAAGCAUUUCCUCUGUCUGUUCGCCACCUACAACUCCAAGCAAGAGGACUAGCACUCUUUCUUCAUCAAAGCCAUCAGUUCCAGCUUCACGUCAAGUACCAACACGGCCCUCUACUCCAACUAAAACCCGUCCAUGUACUCCAGUGAAACCUCGGCCAUCUACUCCAGUCAAACCUCGGCCAUCUACUCCAAAUAAAACUCGGCCUUCUACUCCAGUCAAAACUAGAUCUUCUGUACCCAACACUAUGUCCACCUCAACUAUUGCCAAAACAACAUCUGCACAAAACUCGAGACCAUCAACUCCAACCUCUCGGCCUCGUAUCAUGUCCAAUUCAUCUUCAAGUACAAGUUCUGCAGCAAGUCGUCCUAGUUCAUCCUCUGGAAGAACUAGUACAAUUAGUCGCACCUCCUCUUCCACAAGUACAGUUCCUUCAGUCAGCCGCUCUAGCUCUCGUUCAUCUACACCUACGCGUCAGCCUAUCACACGUUCAUCAGCCCCACUGGCUGGCCACUCACCUUCUGUUGGGAGGAUAUUUGGCAGCAAUAACAUAACAUCCAUCGGGCGGCCUGUAACCAGUAAUGGUCGAAGUUCAGCACCUUCUUCUGCACCAUCAUCUCGUCCAAGUUCCCCAAAUUCACGUGCACGAGCUCCAGUCAGGCCGUUAGAUAUUCCUGAUUUUCCAAGUGAAACUCCACCAAACCUAAGGACUAAGCUACCACAACGACCACUAUCUGCUGGUAGAGCACGCCCAGGAGUGGGUUUGGGACCCAAGUCAGCCCCAAAUGCUGAACAAGUUCGCUCAGCUCCUGUAAAAAAGAUGACUGUGCCUGCUAUUACGCGAAGUAAAUUUCCUGAUGCACCAUCUAGGGUAUCUUCUCUUACAAAUGGACACCAAAGCAGACAGUCCGAGGGGUCUGCUGUGGAAGGCCAACAUACUAAACCAUUACGGUCUAUCACGGGCACAGAUAAUGGCUUUGGUAGGACAAUAUCAAGGAAGUCACUUGACAUGGCAAUCAAGCAUAUGGACAUUCGACAAAACCUGGGUGGUAUUCGUGGUGCAUCUCUAUUCCCGCCUAGCAUUCGCUCUGCCGGUGCGAAGGUCCGGUCAGCUCGAAUGUCUGAUCCCGCUCAUCUCAGUUUAAAUGGCGAUUGUCAUUUUACUGACAAUGGCAGCAUCAAUGGACACUUCUCUGGAGAUUCGAACGGAACUCUUUCAAACAACGGUGGCAGCUCAACUGGUUCUCCAGACAGGGAAAGCAUUGGAACUAAGGAGACACUGAGUGAACUAGAUCUGUAUACCACUGCACGGUAUGAGGCAUUGUUGUUGAGGGAGGACAUAACGAACACGAACUGGUUGCACAACGUUGAUGACAAAUCUGACCAGAGCCCAGUGUUUGAUCACCGGUUUGAGCCGCUCCCAGAGCCAUUUGGUCCACUAUGAUGGUUAUUAGCUGUAAAAUCUCGUUCCUCGUUAUGUUUACAAUUAGUAGUUGCAAGUUGUAUGCGGUUAUAUCUUUCUGUGUGGUUGUCCAUUUCCCCCAUCUUUUCAUGAAUCUUCUGAAAGAUAAGAUUGUGGGGUUUAUGUUUUGAAGUAGUACUCCAUAAAUACCUGGAGAUUCGAUUUUGAGUUAUCGCUGUACUGAAAUCCAAGUGUCAGAGCACGAUAUAGUUUCUCUUUUUAUCCCUCUACGGUUAUUGUGAGGAUUACCAUACGCGAUUUUCAAACAUCUUGACUGGGCUGUACCAUGUUCUUCUUUUAUUUGAGGAAUACAGUAUGUGUUUCACUUGGAUGCUUA